AUGAAAGAUCGAUUGGGAAAUGAGAAACUCGAUCAAUAUAGGAGAAAAAUGGAGAAGACAGGUGCAACUGGGAGGAAAUAUUGUCCGUUGGAAGCCUGCACUGAAGCUGGUUUUAACAAUUCCGUUUGGCAGCUCCAGUUCCAUCAACAAACGGUGUUCGAAGUCACAAGUACUUGGGUGAUCUUGGGUGCGUGUAACCUUUGGCAGGUCAAAUCCCCAAUUAAGAUUGUUUGGUUUCGAUCAAGGUCCCCAGUGAUGAACUGCAUCACGCAUAGAUCAUCAACCUGCACCACUUUCCAUCACAUCACGACAUAA